AGGAAAAAGUUGGGAGGAAAUUCUAGAAGAAAGGGAACAACAGAGGAUCUUUAAACCACCCCAAAUUGGUAGCUCCCCCUUGCCUAUUUAUUCUCCACUUGCGGUUAUACGCAGCAUAUAUGAUAUGAAUGCGGAAACGCUAGGAUUCUCCCCCCACUCCUCCAUCCUUAAGAUCUGUCCUCUUCCUAUCUUCCACCACCACCUUGCUGUCUCUUUCUCCUCCUUCGCUACCCAUUCAUGAUGCAUUGAGGAGGCAAAAGAAGAGCAGGGAGACUCAGGAGAUUGGGUUUGGGUUUGGGUUUGGGUUUGGGUUCGGCUGAGAAUAAUAAAUGGGAGAGGAUGGAGAAGCUCAGGCCAAGGCGCCGGCGAGGGGGAGGAAGGCAGAUGAAGAGAAGGUUCCCUUUUACAAGCUCUUCUCCUUUGCGGACAAACUAGACGUGGGGUUGAUGGUUGUAGGGACAGUGUGCGCCAUGGCCAAUGGCAUGACGCAGCCCCUCAUGACACUUAUAUUCGGUCAACUUAUCAACACCUUCGGCGACUCUGAUCCUUCACAUGUCGUCCAUGAAGUCUCCAGGGUAUCCUUAAAGUUUGUAUACUUGGCUAUUGGUUCGGGCAUCGCUUCUCUCCUACAGGUGUCGAGCUGGAUGGUAACAGGGGAAAGACAGGCAACGCGGAUUCGAGGAUUGUACUUGAAAACAAUAUUGAGACAGGACAUAGCAUUCUUUGACACUGAAACCACAACUGGAGAGGUCAUUGGAAGGAUGUCUGGAGACACGAUUCUUAUUCAAGAUGCCAUGGGUGAAAAGGUGGGGAAGUUCAUACAACUAAUGUCAACUUUUUUGGGCGGCUUCAUAAUUGCCUUUGCAAGAGGAUGGCUUCUCUCCCUUGUUUUGCUUCCAAGCAUUCCCCUUCUGGUGAUUUCGGGUGGGACCAUGGCGAUUAUCAUGUCAAGAAUGUCAAGCCGUGGGCAACUAGCUUAUGCAGAAGCUGGAAAUGUAGUAGAACAAACAGUUGGAGCAAUUAGAACAGUUGCAUCAUUCACUGGGGAAAAGAAAGCGAUAAAAAACUAUGAUAAUAAGCUGCAUAUUGCGUAUGCUUCCACUGUUCAACAAGGGCUGGCCUCAGGCAUAGGGCUUGGUACAGUUCUGCUAAUUAUCUUCGGUACAUACGGUCUUGCCAUGUGGUAUGGAUCCAAGCUGGUUAUAGAGAGAGGAUAUGAUGGUGGACGAGUCAUCAAUUGUAUAAUGGCCAUCAUGUCUGGAGGAAUGUCGUUGGGCCAAACAUCCCCAUGCUUGAAUGCAUUUGCAGCAGGACAAGCUGCAGCAUAUAAGAUGUUUGAGACUAUCAAACGAAAACCACAAAUUGAUGCCUAUGACACUAGUGGGACUGUGUUAGAAGAUAUUAGGGGUGAAAUUGAACUCAAAGACGUGUAUUUCAACUACCCAGCAAGGCCAGACGUCCAGAUUUUUUCCGGUUUUUCAUUGCAUGUUCCAAGUGGGAAAACUGCUGCUUUAGUUGGGCAAAGUGGAAGUGGGAAGUCAACGGUUAUCAGUCUAUUGGAGAGAUUUUAUGAUCCCCAUUCUGGUGAAGUACUCAUUGAUGGUGUUGAUUUAAAGCAGUUGCAACUCAAGUGGAUAAGGGAGAAGAUUGGGCUAGUCAGUCAGGAACCUAUCUUGUUUGCUACCACUAUUAAGGAAAACAUAUCAUAUGGGAAAGAAGAUGCUAGCGAUGAGGAGAUCAGGACAGCAAUUGUGCUUGCUAAUGCUGCAAAAUUCAUUGACAAACUGCCCAAGGGGCUUGACACAAUGGUGGGUGAACAUGGAACUCAGCUAUCUGGGGGACAGAAGCAAAGAAUUGCAAUUGCAAGAGCCAUUUUGAAGAACCCACGAAUCCUUCUUCUUGAUGAAGCAACAAGUGCACUGGAUGCUGAGUCUGAACGCAUCGUCCAAGAUGCACUAGUAAAUGUGAUGGUAAAUCGAACUACUGUAGUUGUUGCACAUCGUUUGACAACUAUCAGGAAUGCAGAUAUCAUAGCAGUGGUUUAUCAGGGGAAAAUCGUUGAGCAAGGAACUCAUGGGGCGCUGAUCAAGGACCCUGAUGGAGCUUACACUCAGCUAGUUCACCUGCAAGAAGGAAACAGUCAAGCUGAGGAUCCUCAUAUGGAGGACACUGAUAAAUUAGAUAAGAGUCCUGAUAAUAUGGACAAUAGUAUCGCCCGUUCUGGAAGCCAUAGAUUGUCUUCCUGGAGAUCCAUGAGCAGAGGUUCAUCAAGCGGCAGGUCCUCUGUCUCACUUAGCUUUAGUGUUCCCUUCCCAAUUGGUAUUCCUGCGACUGAAAUGGCUGGGCAGGAUAUUGAAAGACGCGACGGAGAAGAUGAGAAGAGACGCAAAGUGUCAUUGAGACGGCUGGCCUACCUGAACAAGCCUGAAGGGCCAGUUUUGCUACUUGGAUCCAUAGCUGCAGGAAUACAUGGUGUAAUCUUCCCAAUUUUUGGACUGUUACUCUCAACAGCCAUUAAGAUUUUCUUUGAACCUCCUAAUGAGCUAAAGAAAGAUUCCAGGUUUUGGGCGCUUAUGUUUGUGGGUCUGGGUGUCCUGACUCUGAUGGUUGUUCCAGUACAGAACUACUUCUUUGGUGUUGCAGGUGGUAAAUUGAUACAACGAAUUCGUUCCUUGUCCUUUGAGAAGGUUGUGCACCAAGAAAUCAGUUGGUUUGAUGACCCAGCAAAUUCAAGUGGAGCAGUUGGUGCAAGGCUAUCUACCGAUGCUUCGAGUGUUCGCAGUCUGGUGGGUGAUGCAUUGGCCCUAGUAGUCCAGAACCUUACAACAGUCAUAGCAGGCCUUGUCAUAUCAUUCACAGCUAACUGGAUAUUGGCCCUAAUAAUUCUAGCCGUGUUGCCCUUGGUCUUCUUGCAAGGAUAUUUUCAGAUGAAAUUCGUGAAAGGGUUCAGCGCCGAUGCCAAGGUGAUGUAUGAAGAAGCAAGUCAAGUUGCAAAUGAUGCAGUUGGCAGCAUCAGAACUGUUGCAUCAUUUUGUGCGGAAAAGAAGGUGAUGGAUAUGUAUCAACAAAAGUGUGACGCCCCUAUGAAGCAAGGAGUUCGACUAGGACUUGUUAGUGGUGCUGGUUUUGGCUUUUCUUUCUUUGCACUCUACUGCACAAAUGCCUUCUGCUUCUAUAUUGGAGCUAUUCUUGUGCAACAUGGGAAAGCAACUUUUGGAGAAGUUUUCAAGGUUUUCUUUGCUUUGACGAUUUCUGCCAUUGGAAUUUCCCAAACUAGUGCCAUGGCUCCAGACACCAACAAAGCUAAAGAUUCAACUGCUACAAUAUUUCAACUUCUUGACAGCAAGCCCAUGAUUGAUUCGAGCAGCAAUGAGGGCACAACCCUUGCUAAUGUAAAGGGCGACAUUGAGUUCCAGCAUGUCAGCUUCAAAUAUUCAACAAGGCCAGAUGUUCAAAUUUUCAGAGACUUGUCCUUGAGCAUCCCAUCUGGAAAGACUGUUGCCCUAGUUGGAGAGAGUGGUAGUGGGAAGUCGACAGUAAUCAGCCUAAUAGAGAGGUUCUACAACCCUGAAUCGGGUCGUAUACUACUGGAUGGAAUGGAAAUCCAGAAGUUGAAGCUUAGCUGGCUGAGGCAACAAAUGGGGUUGGUAGGGCAAGAGCCUGUACUCUUCAAUGAAACGAUACGUGCCAACAUAGCAUAUGGCAAAGAGGGAGCCACGGAAGAUGAGAUCAUCGCAGCCACAAAAGCAGCAAAUGCUCACAACUUCAUACAUUCAUUGCCCCAAGGCUACGAGACCUCAGUUGGGGAACGAGGGGUGCAGCUGUCAGGUGGGCAGAAGCAGCGAAUAGCCAUUGCAAGGGCGAUAUUGAAGGACCCCAAGAUCCUUCUCCUUGAUGAGGCAACUAGUGCUCUAGACGCAGAGUCAGAACGUGUGGUACAGGAAGCAUUAGAUAGAGUGAUGGUGGAGAGAACAACUGUAGUGGUAGCUCACCGCCUGACCACCAUUAAAGGAGCAGAUAUAAUUGCAGUGGUGAAGAACGGUGUGAUCGCUGAAAAGGGUAGCCAUGAGGAGCUGAUGAGCAUCACUGAUGGGCCUUAUGCAUCUCUUGUAGCACUUCAUACGACUUCCUCAACUUAAAAUGACUGCAUCACUAUGACCCAUCUGUAAGGACUGCUUGAAUGGAUCAGUUUCUUCAUCUGCUAAAAGUUAGAUUUUAGCAAUGAUGAUGAAGUCUGUCUCCCUGCCCAGAACACUAGGACCCAUAGACACCACGAUGAGGCCAUCUUUUCUCAUUAAAUCAAAAAGUUGUAUACUCCCUUCCAAGUUUUCAAGUUUUCCGGUAUACCAACAAUGUGAUCUGCAAUUCUUUCAA